AUGGUGCACAUUUGGGAGAGAAAAAGUUUAUCACUGGCUAGAGAUUGUGUAUUUUGGCUGGGUAUGUCACAGCAAGUAAGGGACCGGGUACAGUCUUGCUCAAUCUGCAAUUCUUUUCGCAAUCGUCAACAAAAGGAGUCCUUGCAUCCACAUGCAAUUCCAGAGUUACCUCGGAAACAUGUGGGUACUGACAUUUUUCAGUUUCAAAAUAAACAAUACCUGAUAGUAGUUGAUUUCUAUUUGAAAUACUUUGAAGUAGAGUUAUUGCGACGGAGUCCAACAUCGUGUGUGAUUAAUAAUUUGAAAAAUUUUUUUGCCAGAUUUGGGAUACCUGAGGAAGUCAAUAGUGACAAUGGCUCUCAAUGCGCCAACACGAGAAAUGUGUUUAGUAGAUCUCAUGAGUUUAAAAAGUUUGCAAAAGAAUGGGAAUUUCGACUUGUUUCUAAUAUACCGGAAUAUCCGCAGUCAAAUGGGGCGGUGGAAAGAGCUGUACAGACGGCAAAGCGAAUUUUUAGGAAAUCGAAUAUGGAUAAUAAGGAUCCAUUUGAAAGAUUAUUGAAGUACCGUAAUACACCAUUGGAAUAUAUUGGUGCGUCUCCAACACAAUUGUUAAUGGGUAGACGAACCCGGACAACAAUAUCAAUUCAUCGUCGUCUAUUAACUUCUAGGACUUUUGAAUCAGCUGUAAUGGUGAAGAAACUACAGCAUCGUCAGCUGGUUUCUAAGAAAUUUUAUGAUAGACAUAAUGGGCAUUUAUCACCUUUGGAAGCUGCAGAUAAAGUUAGAAUCCGUCCUAACGGGAUAAUACGUGGCGUGCAGCUGAGAUUUUGCCGAGAUCUUCCCUUAAAUUUGACCGGAAAUGGUCCAAUUUACCGGAGGAAUAGAAAACAAAUUAUAUCGGUGCCAAAUGAUGGUGCUCACAAUUCCGAACCAUAA